AUGAGUACUCCCCCGGAGGAAAUUCGCCAGGAGGCCCUUCACGAGCGCCGCCAGAGCAUUGGCAAAUAUGUGAAGAGGCUCCGCACCGUCUUGAAGAGAGGCAACUCCAGCAAGGAACGCGUCCCCACCGUUGCGUCUUCCGCCGAGAAGAAGCCUGAGCCUGCUGCGUCGACGAGCGCUGCCGAGCCCAAGCCCGAAUCCAAGCCCGUCACCUCGACCACGGGCCAGGUCAGCUACCCGCGCAGUGCCGCCCAACAGGAGCGUGCGCGUGCACUCUUCGCCAAGUACGGCCUGACUCUGGAAGCCCACGAGUGGAUUACCUCCGGCACGACCAACGAAAAUGUCCAGCGUGUCGAGAAGCCCAUCCGUAUGCGUGUCCACCGCCAGUGCCACCGCUGCCAGACCACCUUCGGUGCCGACAGGGUCUGCCAGAAGUGCGAGCACACUCGCUGCAAGAAGUGCCCUCGCUACCCGGCCAAGAAAGAGAAGACCAAGGGCAAGGGAAAGGAGGGCGAGACUACUGCUACCGCUGCCGCCGCCGCCGCUGCCGCUACUCCGUCCGCUGCCAAGAUCGCAACCAAGCCAGCCAAGAAGCAAGAGUACUUGACCAUCAAGAGCCGUACCGGUGGUCCCGACUUGGAACGCCGUCCACCUAAACAGCGUGUCCGUCGUCACUGCCACAAGUGCCAAACCUUAUUCAUCCCCGCUACCGCUACCGUCUGCACCAAUUGCCAACACACCCGUUGCACCAAGUGCCCUCGCGACCCGGCCAAGAAGAAGAAGUGGCCCGAUGGCUACCCAGGAGACGUCCCCGGCUCGGACACGGAAACAGAUGCUGAGGUCCUGCCUGCCCACCAACGGCCGGAGCGCGUCUGGCGCAAGCCACGCAUGAGGAUCAGGUGGAGCUGUGAACAUUGCAAUGCACUCUUCAUGGAGAAAACCAAAACGUGUGCCGGCUGCGGGCAUGAGCGCUGCCCAAGUUGCGUGAGGAUUCCUCCUAAGAAGGCCAAGAAGGAGCCCGACCCAGCCGUACUGCGUUCCGUCGAGGAGAAAUUGGCCCGCUUCAAGAUGGAGGAACAUUUAUCUGGAACGGAGUCGGCUGCCUGA